UUGUAUAGAUAGCAGCACGAUCGUUAUGCCGUGCGAUGGGAUGAAAAUUCUUGAACGCGGUUUCUGUCAUGGAUGAUGGUGCGGAGGUUUGAACUUUCAAGUAGGUUGUGGUAAACAACGAAGAUGUUAUUUUAGUCGAUGACGGCCGUAGGUUUGCAAGAGGUUUUUAUAUUGUAAAAGAGGUGACAAGAAAACGAUUGCCAAAAUGUAUGCCUUGGAAGUUUCAAGUAGAUUUCACAACAAGAUUUCUCAUUUUGUUGAUUUAAUAGCGCACUUUAUGAUGGAUCCAUGGUUGACAGUUUUGAGUCAUAUGAUAGCUUGUUAUGUAUCAACAAUCGAAGAUCUCCAGAAGCCACAAGAGAAAUUAAUUGAUUAUUUUUUGUGGGGACCUUUGUACAUGAUAACAUUAGUUUGUGUAUUUCCAAUAGGUAUUGUUGGCAUUUUGUUAUGGUAUCUUUUGUGCCUAAUUUGUGAUCAAGAAAAAUGUACCUAUGCAAAAGUGAUAGUUCCUGCAGACAAUGAAGAUUCAGAUGAAAAACCUCUUGCCUUUACUCUGAAGACGAAUACAUUCACAUUUGCAACAGCCAAUGUACUACUUGCUCCAGAAUUUUUGAGUAGAAUGAAUAACUUGAAAUCUGUUUAUAAAAGAGCUUAUAAAAUUGCAAAACAUUUUGUUGACAAUACUGGUAAACCGUUGAGUAAUGUUAAACUAUUCAUUGAUGACACCUGUGAAAUUAGUAGCAAAUUCAAAAGUGUUCAACCAAAAUUUCCAAACAUUGAUUUUUUGUGCCUUCAAGAAGUAUGGACUCGUUCGUCAGCAAUGAUCCUUGUUGAUCAGUUGCAACAAGAAUUUAGUUAUUUUUUGUUUGAUGUUGGAGAGUUUUCACCAUCAACAAAUUACUGCAUGUUAGGUAGUGGUUUGAUGUUUGCAAGCAAGAGACCCAUUUUAGAAGCAGACUUCAAAACCUUUACCUACAGAGUGGCUCAUGCACAAUACACUUCACAGGGUGUAUUAUGCAUCAAGGUACUUUUAUACCAUGAAGGCUUAUUUCGUCAUGUUGGGUUUGUGACAAAUCUGCAUACACAAGCUUUCCAAGGAAAGGAGCCAGUAAUUAUGUCUCAAUUAACUGAAGUGAACCUAUUUUUAAAUAUAUUUAAGAAAAAGCAUACACAAAAGACUGAUAUUGUUGAAUUUGAUGUUAUCUGUGGAGAUUUUAAUGCUGACAACAUGUCACCUGCGGAUGAUGAUGUGCAGACACAUGUGUUGUUGAUGGAAUAUAGGGAUGUAUGUGUUGCAAGACCAGGAGAAGAUCGUCACUGGGCUAUUGGGACAGAGUUACGCCAGUGGGCAUUAUGUGAUCCGCUAUUUGAAGAUCCAGAGCAAUUCUGUGAAGCCUUGGUGGAUGAUUGUGAGAGACGUCUUUAUGUUCUUGAUGCUGAUGUAGUGGUUCAUAAUCGAGAGUUAGUUACUAAACUAGUAAAGCCGGAUGCUGAUGGCUAUGUUCCAGAAAAACGAUAUGGUGGUAUGAGAAGAAUAGAUCGAAUCUUGUAUAAAAGACUUCCUCGCACAGAGGUGACAGGUUAUAGUUUUGUUACAUCAUUAGGAAACCUAACUGAUCACAUUCCUGUAUGUAUGACUCUACAGACUCGAGGUUGUGGUGAAUUAGCCAAAUAGCUCUAGUUGAUCUCACAGUUCUUCCUUCAGCUUCAGUUAAUUUGAGUGCCCUGUGUGUUUUUUGAGCUUUUCUUUCCAUUUGAAAUUAAAUAAAAAGAAAUAUUUAAUUGGAUAGAGCUCACUAUAGUCAAUAAUUUUAUUGUAGAAGCUUUAUAAAUUUAAUUCAGAAUGGAGUAUGUUGUAUUUACUGAUUAUUUUGUUUCCUCACACAUUAAUGGGGUUAACAUUGUACCUGCAUUUUAGGAGCUAACUUUCAAAGCUUUAUUAAGUCUAGUGCAUGAACAGGUUGUUACCUAGUUAAUUCAGUGAAGAGAAGGUUAAUUUUAGGAAUUUCAUUUUGAAACUAGUCUCACUUUCUUCUUUUCCUAAUUUAACAAUUAUGGAUAGUUUGAAGAGUUGUAACAGUUCAUGUACAAUAUUAUGAAAUUAUUUAUUAACAAUGCUAUAAGUACUUAUGUAUUAAAUAUUGUAAUACUGCACAAUCCACAAUGCAGUUUGGCCACAAUAAGAACUGACACAACUCAGCACUCCCAUUAAUUAAUGUUAAUACAUUUAUUAAGUAAUGUUGAUGUAAGCAUUGUUUGAAGAGAACUAAAAGAUUUAUGAAUUGUGUAUAUACAGAUUUCUAAUGUUCAUUUAGAAACUGCGAAAGUGCAUUUUAUAUCAAUACAAUUCCGAGUUGCUGGUAGACCCUGCUUUGCCAUGGGAGAAGUGCUGCUCACUUGCACAUAGUUACUGAUGCAAUGCUUAUUUUGUGAUGUAGUUGUUAAUCAGGGCAGCUAGUGGAAAAUAUAGAAAAAAACUGUGAAAAGAAUCAGCUGUCAAAUGAGUGGUGAAAUUCAGAUGUGUUCUAACAUGGGAAGCCUGUAUGGGGUCAAAAUUGCCUUGUUUCAGCAUCCUUAGCAACGAGAGUUGAUUCUUCCUCUUGACCAAUGUUAUGUACAUUGCACAUUCUCUUGUUUGUUUGUAUUUUUUAUAUAUUGUCACAUUGUUCUCAGUUCAUUAGAAAUAUGAGAAAUUAAUAGAACUUAACUUAUUUCAAAGAAAUGAAACUGUUUAACAGAAUUUUCAUUUCUAUUUAACAUUGUAUGUUUUCAUAAUAGCUACCUUAAUAGAUCUGUUCACUUGUGUCAAAAACUCUUAUUUUUGUGUGAAAAAUACUUUGUCUUGCACUAAAAUAGUUUAUUAUAAUCACCUGUCAGCUAUAAUGGAUGUUAAAUAUGUUAUUAUUGAAUGCUGAGGGCCCAAUUUAUCGUUUUUGUAAUUCCCAUAUAGGGAACUUCCAUUCCUACUCAAGUGAACAGUUGAGUUAUUUUUAAUGAUUUGAAACUUAAUAUUCAAAUAUUUAUAAUGAAUUUUGGAGAAUCAUUCCUAUAGUUUCUCUUGUAAAUAUUUUAUAGUUUUGUACUAGUUUGAUUAGUUAAUCAUGUACUAUAAUAUUUUAUUUCUUUAAGCAUAAAAUGAUGAAUAUUGUUAAUAAAUGUACUUUGAUCUGGAAAAUAAAAUAAAAUAUUUUAAGUUCCUUUUUUUGAGGAAUGGAAACAUU